AAUAUUUACAAAAAACAAAUAUGAUAAUAUCACAUCAUGUAUAUAAAGAAUCUCCCACUACUUCGUUCAUCCUUAAAAAAGUUUUUACAAAAUCAAGUAGUCACCACUAAUACACUAGCCAUGGCUGUGACCACCUUUUCCAGCGACUUCACCAGCUCAAUUCAAGCAGCUCGGCUGUUUAAGGCCUUGAUCCUUGAUGCCCAUAACCUUUACCCAAAGAUCACACCUCUUGCUAUUAAAAGCAUCGACACAGUUGAAGGUGAAGGAGGCCCAGGAAGCAUAAAGCAGAUUAACUUUGAACAAGAUGGUCAAAUGAAAUAUGUGAAGCAUAGAAUUGAUGCAUUGGAUGAGGAAAAGAUGUUGUAUGCAUACACAUUGGUCGAAGGUGGUGAAGCAUUGAAGGAGAAGAUCCAUUCGAUUUCUUAUGAGAUGAAGUUUGAGCCAAAUCCAAAUGGAGGGUGCAUUGGCAACAAAAUAAGCAAGUAUCAUGUAAAAGAAGGAUUUGAGAUCAAAGAAGAGGAAUUUCAAGAGGGGAGAUUGAAGGAUUUUGGUGUCUUUAAAGUUAUUGAAGCUUUCCUCUUGGAAAACCCUAAUGCCUAUGUCUAAGUUGGUCAUUUUGCAUGAUUAAAAUAUAAUAUUUCAAUCUUUGAAUAAAGUUGUAUGCAUUGGUAUGAACAUGUUGUGGCUUUCUCUAUGACUUGUGAGCCAAUUAAGAUUGAGUAGCUUUUUUGUAAUAAAUGAGAUGAAAUACAAAUAAAAUGCCUCGAAUAUUGAAUCUUUUUGUCUCAAAUCAAAUGUCGAAAUGGUG